UGUCUGAGUCCCUCCGCUGUUUUUUUAGUCUGCUGUUGGGCGCCUUCAAAAAAACACCAAUUUAGAAGCAAUGUGCACGUAAACUGAAAACUGUCGACGGGACCUUUGGGUGAAGUCGUUGUCGACUGUUGUACGCGUACAAUGCGCUGUCGUUGAGGAUCGCCCUUAAUGUGCGCAGCGGUGUGCCGCGCGUUCAGCUGUCACAACAGAAACUAGUAGAUGUAAGCAGUCGCAACACUGGGAAUACUUCUAAAAACAAUUUUACUACACUAUUCUGUGUCAUUUUUGUCCUUUGGAUUACUAGUGGCAGCAGUAGGUAACUGUCAAAUUUGGAUGUCGUAAUUACGGUUUAUCAGAUGACCCAGGUAUGGAGACUAAAAGAUACCAAAGUUACAACGAGGGGGCACAUGCAGAAAACAAAUGGGCACAGAUGCCAAAAGAUACCAUGGAGUAUUGCUGUUCCACAGAAGAGUGUUUGAAAAAUAGUGAUGUGCUAAUGGAUAUUGUUAACUCAAGCAAUGCGCCUAACAUGCCAUCUGUGUGCAAGGAUAACAACUUUAAGAUUACUGACACAGCAAUGCUUAGACUUAACCAGAAUCAACCUCUUGCUUAUCCCUCCUUCAACAACUCCUUCCACCACCGCAAGUCAGAAACAGGCUCUAAGGAGCUCUCCAAAACUGUUGCUGAGUCUAUGGGCUUAUACAUGAAUGCUGCCAGGGAGGCCGACUUUGGCUUUGGCCAACAAGGUACUGCAGGAGGGCAGGGUAGCCCGAUUAAAGUGUAUCCUCUUUGUGGGAGAGCAGUUGAAGACAGCCAGCCUAGAACAACUGUGAGCCCAAAGAUGAAAGCUCCUCCAGCUCCAUUUCCAUCUGUGUCCCAACUGCCCAAUGGUGGCCCGCAGGAGUGUGCUGUAGGCUCUGCCCCAGUGCCCUCUGUACUGUCCACUGCUCUCUCUUGUGGUCCCGAUGGGUCUGGGCCCAUGUCUAGUCCUACUGGAAACAACCUGGUGUCGUCCACUACCAGCCCCACCUACUUUGACUCUGAUUGUCCAUCACUGGCCCCUGCCAGCACCAACUUGACCCAAGGUCACCACACCAGCUCCAGUACCUGUAGCUCUGUGAAAUCUAGCAUGGUGGGGUCACCUCCACUGGCUAGUCCUCUCAGUGUAAUAAAGUCUCCAGUUUCCAGCCCUCACAGUAUAGGCAGCGUGAGGUCACCACUUUCUUGCAACACUAACAUGAUAUCAUCUGUCUCAAGCCCAACAGGAAAUGGAGGCAAUAGUGGUAACAUUGGACCAUCAAUCUCUAGUCCGCCCACCGCUGGCACCAUGGCCAUGUCCAGUCCCAGGAACUCGUCCAAUGGCUUCUCUGUCUCAAGCCCUCCCAGUGGACUGGGCCUAGUGCAGAAUGACAUAAACAGCCCUGAGGGCAGAGAGCGUGGCUUCAAGGGAUUUGAGUUCCCAAAGGUAGAAAAUUUGGAUGGGGAAAUAUUUAACAUAGGCCUGGAUGCUAUGGGAAUGGCAAAGUAUAUCAAAAACGAGCCUGGCACUGAUUACAGGAGCAUGUGCCUAGGCAGCAGUAAGAGCACCAUACCACCGUCUCCUUUUGUUACUCAGAUUAAGACCGAACCAAACAGGGAGGUGACUUGUUCAAACCCCCAGUUUGGUGAGCUGCAUCACUCCCUGGGCUGCUUUCCUGCUACAGAGACCACAUACUUGUCUUUAAGGGAUAAUUUUGAUGAAUAUAGUCUUUCUGGGAUCUUGGGACCUCCUGUUUCUUCUCUGAACGGCAACUAUGAGCCUGGUGUGUUUCCGAACAAUGGCCUGCCCAAGGGGAUUAAACAGGAAACCAAUGAUGGCAGCUAUUACCAAGAGAAUAAUAAUGUGCCCACGUCGGCUAUUGUUGGCGUUAAUUCAGGUGGACAUUCAUUUCAUUACCAGAUUGGAGCGCAAGGAACAAUGUCGUUUUCAUGCCACAAUUUGAGGGACCAGACGAACCCCUUGUUGAAUCUAAUUUCUCCAGUUGCUGGAUUAAUGGAGACGUGGAAAACUUGCCCAGGCCUGUCACAGGGGCCUCUGUCUGCCAGGGGGGAGGGCUAUCCAGGCCCAGGUUGCCUUACAGAGAACAUGGAAAGUGCGUCGUUGAGACACACGUCUUCGACAGCCAAAGUGUGUCUGGUGUGUGGAGACGAAGCAUCAGGAUGUCACUAUGGGGUUGUGACAUGUGGAAGCUGCAAAGUUUUCUUCAAAAGAGCAGUAGAAGGUCAGCACAACUAUCUAUGCGCUGGGAGGAAUGACUGCAUCAUUGACAAGAUUCGGCGGAAAAACUGCCCAGCAUGCAGAGUACGGAAGUGUCUACAAGCUGGGAUGAAUCUUGGGGCACGAAAGUCCAAGAAGUUGGGAAAGAUAAAGAGCGUUAGCAACGAUUCUUGCCUGCAGAACUCAAAGGAUGGGACUCCGUUCCUGACCUCCAAGAAAGACUUGAGCCCAGCCACCGCACUUGUCCCCCAUGUCCCCGCGGUAGCACCAUUUUUGUCGCCGUCUGUCUGUAGUGUCUUGGAGCUCAUAGAGCCUGAAGUGGUGUUCUCUGGCUAUGACAACACACAACCCGACACCACCGACCAUCUGCUCACCAGUCUCAACCAGCUCGCCGGCAAACAGAUGAUCCGAGUGGUCAAAUGGGCCAAAGUACUUCCAGGUUUCCGCAGUCUACCCAUUGAGGACCAAAUCACGCUGAUCCAGUAUUCCUGGAUGUGUCUCUCGUCCUUCUCCCUCAGCUGGAGAUCCUACAAACACACCAAUGCCCAAAUGCUCUACUUCGCCCCUGAUCUCGUCUUCAACGAGGAACGGAUGCGGCAGUCAGCCAUGUACGAUCUGUGUGUGGGCAUGCGGCAGGUGAGCCAGGAGUUUGUCCGUCUACAGCUCACUUAUGAGGAGUUCCUCGCCAUGAAGGUUCUGUUGCUGCUCAGCACAGUGCCCAAAGAUGGUUUGAAGAACCAAGGGGCAUUUGAGGAGAUGAGGGUGAAUUACAUCAAGGAGCUCCGCCGCUCAGUUGGGAAGGCAACUAACAAUUCUGGCCAGACAUGGCAGCGCUUCUUCCAGCUCACCAAGCUAUUGGAUGCCAUGCAUGAACUUGUGGGGAGCCUGUUGGACUUUUGUUUCUACACUUUUCGCGAGUCACAGGCUCUGAAGGUUGAGUUCCCUGAGAUGCUGGUGGAAAUUAUCAGUGACCAGAUACCAAAGGUGGAGUCGGGCCUAACACACACCCUCUUCUUUCAUAAGAAAUGACUGAAAGUUCACAAAAUGAGGGAAAAAUUAAGGAUCAAAAGAGAGGAAAAACAGAGGACACCCAGCCCUCGGAGAGAGAGAAACAGAGCAAGCCCGCUAUGCACAAAGCAAGGCGUAUCGAGAAGCUAGGUUUAAAGCCAUAUAAGGCUUGGGCAGUGAGCGAAGACAAAGAGGGAUCUCUGUACCUGGCCAACAGAGAAGAACUCAUAUUUCUUGUGACAAUGCGUUCCUUACCCCCAAAGACAAUUCGGACAAUGUUCGAUAUGGAUAUGAAGCCAUAUUCUUUGGUAAAGCUAUAGUGCACAGGCACAUGCGAAUACAUCACACACUCUAGACAUUUCCUUGACUCCCUGAAUUGUCCAAUCUGCCAGUAAAUACAUAAAUACUGUUGCAGUAUGUACGUUGGCAUUCUUGAAAUUAUGGGAAAAUGCAUUACAACCAUUCUGUUUAUCGCUGAUUAAUAAAGAAAUAUAAUUUUCAUGAAAAGAGAAUUAAUUAGGGUAUUUGUAAAGAGGGCACGAGGAAGAACAAACUCCAAGGGCUAUAAAACUUUAAACCAGACUGAUUGGUAUGGUAGUUACACUUUCUUAUUAUUGUUAAAACAAUCAAAUCUAAACUGAUCUGCAAUAUAUGAUAACAAUAUCAUUUAAAAAUUUUACAAAUAUGUGCUAAUUAAGAAUUGGAAUAUGGUGAAAAAAAGUUCUGUUUAAUGGGCCUCAUUCAUUAAAGGUUUUGAGUAAACUUGUAGUAAUUUGUGCAUACAAUUGGCCUUUCAUAAACGCUUUAUACUCCCCAGAUUUGUUAGUAAAAUGUAUGUUAGUGAAUUCCAAACAUUCGCAAAUAGGGCGUGUGUGCACGUUCAUUCACAGUUAUCAUAAUCCACGGCCACGAAAACGCCAUAUAGGCACCAGACUCGCUAGUAAAUGCUUAUUUUUUUAAUUAAGUGCAUUCAUGUCAUAACAUUUUGAUUUAGCAAACACGACAGCAUCUCAAAGAAAGUGAGGACUUACUGUCAUCGCAUGUUUUUGCUGUCAUCGGAGGCUCUUUUGUUAAUCAAACAAUUCAAGAAGUCAAUAAAAAUGGUUUGACAUGAGUGUAAAAAUUUUUUAGAUGAUGCCCACCACCAUUAACCUUCUCUGGUUCGUUCGCAGUGCAUCGCCAGCAUCAUUUGUGAAACUUCUCAGAUAAAUCAUGAAGGUAACAGUGAUAUACUUGCAAAUUGCAACUGGAAGAACCUUCAGAGAAAUUAACAGACCGAUGUAUUGUGUACGUACCGGCCCGUGACAUUUAUUUAUAGAUUUAACAGCAUUUGCAUCAAUUGAAUGUGAUGCAAACUUUAGGCUUCAUAAUGCAUACUACAUUAUGAAGCCUAAAUUAUAGAGCUUAAAUCAAAUAAUAAUAAGAAGAAAAAAAGAAAAAAACUGUCCAACCAGUUACGUUAGUGGUCAUUAAUUGUUUGUUUUUUUUCUCAACAAAAUCAAACGCAAACUUCUGUUGAAAAUCGAUAAGCAGAGUUGGAAAAAUAAUAAAUACAAAUCCAAGCAGCAAGAAACGUUUCUAAAUAAGUACAAGCUUUUAUUUAUUUAUUUGUUAUUUUUUUAAGGUUAAUUUCACUCAUUAAAUUAGUUAAUUGUAUUAUUAUUUAACCUCCGUGUGACUGCAUUUUCCAUUUACCUUUUUGAUUCGAAACUAGUAGCACCUAAUAAAGCAAAAAAAUAAAAAAUAAACAUUCACAGUGAUAACAAAAUGAAACAUAAUAAAAUGUAUAUUAAAAUGAAGCGAAAUGACGCACAGAUGUAUUAAGAGUUGAAAGUUAUUCAAAAUAACUUAUCAUAUACUCUUGAGGAAAUGCGGUGCCAGUGUCCACACAUGUGGACAUCAUGUUUAUCAGGGCGCUGACACACGAAAAAUAAAAAAUACAUUUAAAGCAGCAUAAACAAAACUAGAGACUCUUAUUUACACCCAAAUAGGUUUCAAUGAAAAUUCUCAAAGAGAUGUCUUACCAGAGGCACUUUUGUUGGCACUGUAUCCGCAGGAGCGCUUCAAGGAAAUAGAAGGCAUGCUGUUGUGUCAAGUUACUUGGUACGGCAGAAGUUAACCCUUUAAAUUACAGUCUAGAGUCUUGUGAACAGUAUUCAGUCAGUUUUUAUUCAUUUCAAUUAUGCCAGUGGUUCUCAAAAUGUGGGGUACGGGGCGUAGGGGGUGCGGACGUAUUGCAAGGGGGGUGCGGAAGACUGACCCAUCUUCAAAUCUCGUUCAUUUUUACACAUUCAACAAAAAUAGUGAAAAUACACAUAAGAACCGAUGAACGCAGUUUUUUUUCCUCUGGCUUUUCUCCUGAGUUGUUUGAAAUUUAACCUGGCACCACAGUGCAUUCUGCACGAGCAACUCUUGACAGCACAAAGCGUUGAAGUCAGGUGUGCUCAUAUAAACAAUGUCGUUCUUGUAUGCACGCCAGUUUCAAAUGAGUGACGAGGUGAAUUAACACUUCAGUUUUGGUCUGUUCCCCACAAAACACUAUCAUAUGGCUUCAGAAGAAUUUAAAUCUAAGGCACGAGUGUUAUGGACAACUUUAAUGGCACUUUUAUGUGUGCUUUCGGAGCUUGGACAGCCACGAACACGAUCCUCUCAUCGCUCAAUCUUGUGUUUCACAGAUGAAUAAAGUAAUACGCCAGAUGAAUGGAGGAUUUUCAAUCAGAACCACUGAAUUAUGCAUUGUGUAUAGCGAAGCUAUGUGGAUGCGGGGAUUGCGCAAGGUUAAUUCCAAGUCAAUCAAAAUGUUUUAAUGCCAGUUUACCUGAAAGAACGCAACUUGUUCAGAUGACUUACACACGAUUUACACAUGGGCGGGAGCAGGUGUACAUUUUGUUCAUACCAUAUAAUGCUUUGAAAAUAUGGUGUCCGAGAAUUUACGUCAGAACGGCUUUACAAAUGACUUACACAAAAAAAUGUUUGCUCCUGUUUCAUGAAUGAGGCCCAAUGAGUUGUGCAUAGAGAAAAUCACCAAGCUGAGCUGAGAUUGGAUAUAGGUAAGAAACUCAAAUUCAAUUAAAAGUGUGAGAAAAAAGAGAGCGCAUUUGUGAUGUCACCUUAUUUCCGUGGCAAAUGUUUACAUAAUAAGUGCUGGUCACACUGGUGUAUUGCUGGGGUGGCCUGAUGAUUCAUAAUCUGACAUAUAUGGCAGCUUGACAAAAACACUAUUCGUAAGAAGUGAGAAAAAAUAAGACCAAAAGUUUUUUUUGUUUUUUUUUUACUUUACAGCUAACACAGCAAAUAUUAUGGCUUGCCUUGUAAAAAAAAAAUCAGUUCACUUAGACACAAAUGGCAUAUUCUGUGUGAGGGCUAGGAUUGUAGCAAAUUUUGUAAAUUGUACCCAAGCUGCUACUAAACCAGCUUCCUUUUGACAUUAAUAAAAAAUACUA